UUGUCGCCGCCGCUGCCGCUGCCGCUGUCCUCGGCAUGUCCCUGAGCGGCGCUCCGGCUGCCAGUGGGAGCUCGUAGGCGGCGGGCUGGGGAAGCCCUCGCCUUGCCGUGCGUCUCGCGUGCCUCGGGGAUGGAGGGCGCCGGAGGCGGGCGCCGAGCGUGAGGAGAGCGUGGUGUGCGGGGGAGCAGCAGCAGCAGCCGGCUCGGAAAGUCCGUCAAGUCAGUCGGGCAGGCAGGCAGGCGAGGAGGCAGCCACCCCGCCAUGGAAGCGCAGCCGGCAGCGGCCCCCGCGGCAGCGGCCCCCCAGGUCGCGGCGGCCCCCGGCGCGGCGCCCUCGGAGCCUGCCAAGGAUACGGACCGGCAGCUGCGCCUUCGGCUCUGCGUCCUCAACGAGAUCCUGGGCACGGAGAGGGACUACGUGUGCACCCUGCGCUUCUUGCAGUCGGCAUUUCUCCACCGAAUUAGACAGAGUGCUGUGGACAAAGCUGAAAAAUACAUAACAGAGGACAACAUCAAGAUUUUAUUUUCCAACAUAGAAGAUAUACUUGAUGUUCACAAGGACUUCCUGACGGCUCUGGAAUAUUGUUUGCAUCCAGAACCUCAGUCUCAGCAUGAACUGGGAGAAGUUUUCUUAAAAUUUAAAGACAAGUUCUUUGUAUACGAGGAAUAUUGCAGCAACCAUGAAAAAGCACUCAGGCUCUUGAUGGAACUGAACAAGAUCCCACCCGUGAGAGCAUUCUUAUUGAGCUGCAUGCUUUUGGGAGGCAGAAAGACCACAGACAUUCCACUUGAGGGUUAUCUCCUAACUCCAAUCCAGAGGAUUUGCAAAUACCCACUGCUCCUGAAGGAGCUCGCCAAGAGGACACCCAGCAAACAUGCAGAUUAUCAGGCAGUGCAGAACGCAUUACAGGCAAUGAAAGCAGUCUGCACCAAUAUCAAUGAGACCAAGAGGCAGAUGGAGAAGCUGGAAGCCCUUGAGCAGCUGCAGUCUCACAUUGAAGGAUGGGAGGGAUCCAACUUGACAGACAUCUGCACCCAGCUCUUGCUCCAAGGCACCUUGUUAAAAAUCUCAGCGGGAAACAUCCAGGAGAGAACCUUCUUUCUCUUUGAUAACCUCCUCGUUUACUGCAAGCGGAAAUCCAGAGUUGCUGGGAAAAAGACAUCCAAACGCACCAAGUCCAUCAAUGGCUCCCUCUACAUCUUCAGGGGCCGAAUAAACACGGAAGUCAUGGAGGUUGAGAAUGUGGAAGAUGGGACAGCCGAUUACCACAGCAAUGGUUACACGGUGACAAAUGGCUGGAAGAUACACAACACUGCCAAAAACAAAUGGUUCGUCUGUAUGGCCAAGACAGCAGAGGACAAACAGAAAUGGCUGGAUGCUAUCAUUAAGGAAAGGGAACAGAGAGAGAGUCUGAAGUUGGGCAUGGAGAGGGAUGCGUACGUCAUGAUCGCCGAGAAAGGGGAGAAGCUGUAUCACAUGAUGAUGAACAAGAAAGUGAGCCUUAUCAAAGACAGGAGAAGAAAAUUAAGCACUGUUCCCAAGUGCUUUCUUGGCAACGAGUUUGUAUCUUGGCUCAUAGAAAUUGGGGAGAUAAGCAAACCGGAAGAAGGGGUCAACCUGGGACAAGCUCUGCUGGAGAAUGGCAUCAUUCAUCAUGUUUCAGAUAAGCACCAGUUCAAGAACGAGCAGGUGAUGUACAGGUUUCGCUACGAUGAUGGGACUUACAAGCCAAGGAGCGAAUUGGAAGACAUCAUGUCCAAGGGUGUGAGGCUCUACUGCCGCCUCCACAGUCUUUACACUCCGGUGAUAAAAGACCGAGACUACCACUUGAAGACCUACAAGUCAGUGAUCCCAGCAAGCAAGCUGGUGGAUUGGCUGAUUGCUCAGGGAGACUGUCAGACGAGGGAGGAAGCUGUCGCGCUGGGCGUUGGAUUCUGCAACAAUGGCUUCAUGCACCAUGUUCUGGAGAAGAGCGAAUUCAAAGACGAGUCUCAGUAUUUCCGCUUCCAUGCCGAUGAGGAGAUGGAAGGUACAAGUUCCAAGAGCAAGCCAUUGCGAAACGACUUCAAGCUGAUUGAAAACAUCUUAGCUAAAAGCUUGUUGGUCUUGCCAGAAGAGGAUGACUAUGGCUUCGACAUAGAAGACAAGAACAAAGCCAUUGUGGUGAAGUCUGUUCGUCGAGGGUCACACGCAGAGAUGGCUGGAUUGCAGGUUGGGCGGAAGAUUUAUUCCAUGAAUGAGGAUCUGGUGUUCCUGCGCCCAUUUCAAGAGGUGGAGACCAUCUUGAACCAGUCUUUCUGCUCUCGGAGACCUCUUCGGCUUCUUGUGGCAAUCAAGGCAAAAGAGAUUAUCAAAAUCCCAGAUUGCAGUGAAAAGCUGUGCUUCCAGAUUCGAGGAGCAGCACCACCAUAUGUUCAUGCUGUGGGGAGAGGAUCAGAAGCAAGCGCUGUGGGCCUUCACCCAGGGCAGUGUGUCUUGAAAGUGAGCGGGAAUAACGUGAUGAAUGAAAAUUACACUGAGGUUCUGGAGCACUUUGCAGCAUACAGGAACAGGCAGCAGCAAUAUCUGGGUUUUUAUCAAUGGGUGUACCGAACGCAUGAAGACGCCGAAGAGGACAGAGCUCGGCAGUCAGCUUCCAACUCAUACCUGAAUGGAAGUCAUUCUGAAUCUUGUAAAGGAGAUCUCUUUACAACCGAGGAAAAUAAUCCCCUUAAUGACAGCCAGCAAGACGAAGAAUUGGCCCUUCAGACUUUUGACUCCCCGUUAAUCAUCAGAGAAGACACUCCUCUUAUUAGCCUAACGGUGGACAAUGUUCACCUGGAACAUGGUGUCGUGUAUGAAUACGUCAGCACUGCUGGGAUCAGGAGCUUUGUCCUGGAGAAGAUCAUUGAGCCCAAGGGGUCCUUCAGCCUCACAGCAAAGAUUUUGGAGGCCUUUGCUACAGAUGACAGCUUCUUUGUGAGGAACUGCAGAAGGCUUAUGUCCCUCAGCAAUGCUGUGGUCACCAUGCCGCAAUUUGAGUGCCGGCAGAUUUGCGACACAAAGUUGGAGAGCAUCAGCAGAAGGGUUGCCAGUUAUCAAGAGUUCGCAGAUGAGUUGAAAACCAAGGUGAGCCCAUCCUUCAAACGAGCCACAACGGAACUCCACCCUCUGAGCAGCAUGGAUUUCUGCCCCACCAACUGCCACAUUAACCUCAUGGAAGUGUCGUAUCCCAAAAACACUACCUCGGUGGCUAGGUCGUUCAGCAUUCGCAUCGGACGGAAGCCUUCUAUUAUCGGCCUAGAUCCAGAACAAGGAAGCUUAAAUCCAGUCUCAUAUACUCAGCACUGCAUAGCCAGCAUGGCUGCACCAUCAUGGAGAUGCUUGGCGCCAGAAAAUGGGGACCUCAACCCACAUGGACAAUAUGAUGGUUGCUAUGGCCAAGAGAAUGGAGGAACUACUCAGGAGGAGAGAGGUCUCACCUUUCUGUUGAAGCAAGAAGAUCGGGAAAUACAGGACUCCUACUUGCAGCUCUUCAACAAACUAGAAGUAGCAGUUAAAGAAAUGAAACAAUACGUCUUUCAGAUAAAUAAGCUUUUGUCCACCAUUACUGAACCCACGGCAGCAGGAUUAUGUGAGCCUCCCUCCAUGGAGGAGAUGCCCGCCACAUCCUUGGUCUCGGAAGAGAGUGAUAUUGACAAAGUCGAGCAUGGGAUGAAGAAGGUUUGUUUCAAAGUGUCUGAGGAGGACCAGGAAGAUUCGGGACAUGAUACAAUGAGUUAUAGAGACUCGUACAGUGAGUGCAACAGUAACCGGGACUCUGUGCUUUCCUACACCAGCGUACGGAGUAACAGCUCUUAUUUGGGCAGUGAUGAGAUGGGAUCAGGUGAUGAACUCCCCAAUGACAUGAGGAUACCUUCAGACAAACAAGACAAACUGCAUGGCUGCCUUGAGCAUCUAUUUAACCAGGUGGAUGCUAUCAAUGCCCUUCUCAAAGGACCAGUAAUAAACAAGGCUUUUGAAGAAACAAAACAUUUUCCAAUGGACCACAGUUUACAAGAAUUUAAGCAGAAAGAAGAAACCACAAUUCGGAGCAGGAACAAGAUUCAAAUCAGCAUCCAAGAAGAUCCCUGGAACCUUCCGCUCCGCAUCAAGAACCUUGUGGAGACCAUACAGAAAUAUGUGGAAGAUGGCAAGAACCAGCUGCUUUUGGCAUUGCUGAAAUGUACAGACACUGAGCUGCAGCUGAGACGAGACGCGAUUUUCUGCCAGGCUCUGGUGGCUGCCAUUUGCACGUUCUCCGAGCAGUUACUGGGGGCUCUCAACUACAGAUACAAUAACAACGGGGAGUAUGAAGAGAGCAGCAGGGAAGCCAGCAAGAAAUGGUUGGAGCAGAUAGCGGCCACGGGGGUGUUGCUCAAUUACCAGUCUUUGCUCUCCCCCUCUGUGAAAGAGGAACGAACCAUGCUGGAAGAUAUUCAAGCCACUUUGUCAGAGCUGGACAAAGUUGCUUUUUAUUUCAGACAACUGGAUGAGUGUUUCGUUGCAAAUACACAUGUCUUCUACCAUGUUGAAGGCAACAGGCAGGUUUUGAAGGUUUUCUUUUACUUAGACAGCUACUACUUCUCCAAACUGCCUUCCCGGUUUCAGAAUGGAGGGAGCCUGAAGCUGCAUGCUGUGCUCUUCACAAAAGCCCUUGAAAAUCUGGAAGGCCAGUCCCAGCCAAAUGGUUCCUCUCUAGAAGAGCUCCAGCAGCAAAUUAAUUCCACCUCUCUUGAGAAGGUGCAGCAGUAUUAUCGCAAACUCAGGACAUUUUACCUUGAGAGAUCCAACCUGCCUACAGAUUCCAACACCACAGCUGUGAAGAUUGAUCAGCUUAUCCGUCCCAUCAAUGCAAUGGAUGAGCUUUGCAGACUAAUGAAAUCUUUUGUCAGCGCAAAAGGCAGCCAGUCGGGAUAUUCCAGUAGUUACGUGGCAGGGGCUGGACUGCUGCCUAUAUCCUCUGAACUCUGUUAUCGCCUCGGAGCCUGCCAGAUUGUAAUGUGCGGCACUGGAAUGCAAAGGAGUACGCUGAGCGUGUCCUUGGAACAAGCAGCUAUAUUGGCUCGAAGUCACGGACUCCUGCCUAAGUGUAUCAUGCAGGCAACAGACAUCAUGAGAAAACAAGGACCAAGAGUUGAAAUCUCUGCAAAAAAUCUGAAAGUGAUGGAUCAGAUGCCACAGUCUGCACCCCGAAUCUACAAGUUGUGUCAACCCCCUGCAGAUGGAGAUUUAUAGAAGUGAAGGAAACUCCCAUGUCCUGGAAUCACAGAAGCGUUCAGCAGAGAGCGAUGCUUCCUGAGCACUGAUCCUACCUUUUGCCCAUGGUGCUGAGUCCAGAAGAGAGAGGAGGGUUGUGGGUUCUGUGCUUCUAGGCAGUCUGGUGCACUAAAACUGCCUUUCCACGCAUCUCCUGCCUUUUUAUAUAGGCAGCCCUGGUUACCCUGUUUUGCGGUUGGUUGGUUGGUUGGUUGGUUGGUGCAGGAGUUCUGAAACUGAGGAAUGACUUCUGCCCAGUACCAGGAAGGAUAUCACAGGAGGACAAAACCCUGCGAUAAGGAAUUGAUUGCGGUGCUGACUGGACAUUGUGGACUUAGCAAAUCUAAGUGAAGCACAUCAUCUACCUGUCAUGCUGUUUUAGACUCUCAUCCAGUUUCCUGCACAGUGUUGGCUAGUGGCCUUGAAUAAGAGCCUGACAAACACUCUUUUUAAAAAGAAAAACACACCAACUUGCACUUUGAAAUUGUGAAUAGCACACAUCUCUGGUUUGUUCAAAGGAUUUCUCCUGGAGCCAUUUUCCACUUCAGCCCAGUAUGAACCAGACUCUACUCCGCAGAGUGCACAUUCCAUAGGACUUUCUACGAGAAUUUCCUUUUAACUUUUACUGUAAAGUUCAGGGUUUGCAAUUAACACUUUUUACUAAUGGUCCAUUAUGUAUUCUGGAAAUACAACAAUAUUUUACAAGGGAGAUUUAGCAAUGAAGGAUUCUUUCUGAAAUGGAAAGAUAUGAUGAAAGGGGAAGCAACCACAGCUCUGUUUUCCAGUAAUUUGAACAGCUGAGCAUUUUUGAAGCAAGGACAAAACUAUACUUAUUUAUGUGGAAUAGAGUAUCUGUUUUGGAACUAUUUCCUUAUAUACAAGGUUUAAAUUUAAGAAGUAUUUGUUUCAAAUGGGGCCAAUAAUGCUGGCAGAUACGUAGUAGAUCUCAGUUCACUGAAAAUAUUGUUACGUUAUUUAAAACCUUGCAGUAUUUAAGUAGUCUUUAAUACAUUUUUUUAAAGAAAAGAAAAGAAAAUAGAUUACAGUGGGUUGUAAGUUAAAAUGAAAUCAUGGUUGUGUAUAUAAUGUACUUUAUUUUUCCCUGUUUUAGAAUUGUUUUCUGUUUGAUCAGUAUUAUCAUUAGCAGAGUAAUUUGCUUCCAAAUUACUUGCCACAAUGUAAUGAAAAAUAUCAGCAAUCUCAGGCCAGAAGUAACAUUAUUUUGGAGUGAGUGCCUUAAAUGAAUCAUCCAUGUUGACCCAGAUACAAAAAAAUUAAGGGGCAUAAAGACAAAACUAACAUUCUUCUAUAUCAUAAUAGACUAAAAAGCCAUAGUCUCCUCUGAAAUGCUUUUCGUUGGGCAUGCAUGGAAGUUCCUUAGAGUGGCUUCUGUUUCUAGCACACAGAACAGGGAUAUUUUGAUUUUGGCUUAAAAUAGGGCAUUUAAUAAACUCCAAUGUUUCCUAACA